UAUAAGAGGCAGAGGGGUGGAGGGAGCUUUGUCACUUUGCUCUCAUUCACAGAGACAAUCACUCUCUGGACAAAGACCCACGACGGACACACACACUGAAGACACACAUUCAUUAACUGAGAAGAGAUCCUGAGAGGGACCCACAGCAUCCUGCCCAGAAAGAGAGACUGAUUCCUGGGUAGAGAGACGAGCUCCAGGCACUUCCUAUCCUGAGAGGGACCCACAGCACCAUAGCAUCCUGCCCAGAGAGAGAGACUGAUUCCUGGGUAGAGAGAGGAGCUCCAGACCCUUCCUAUCCUGAGAGGGACCCACAGCACCAUAGCAUCCUGCCCAGAGAGAGAGACUGAUUCCUGGGUAGAGAGAGGAGCUCCAGACCCUUCCUAUCCUGAGAGGGACCCACAGCACCAUAGCAUCCUUCCCAGAGAGAGAGAGACUGAUUCCUGGGUAGAGAGAGGAGCUCCAGGCCCUUCCUAUCCUGAGAGGGACCCACAGCACCAUAGCAUCCUUCCCAGAGAGAGAGAGACUGAUUCCUGGGUAGAGAGAGGAGCUCCAGGCCCUUCCUAUCCUGAGAGGGACCCACAGCACCAUAGCAUCCUUCCCAGAGAGAGAGAGAGACUGAUUCCUGGGUAGAGAGAGGAGCUCCAGACCCUUCCUAUCCUGAGAGGGACCCACAGCACCACAGCAUCCUUCCCAGAGAGAGAGAGACUGAUUCCUGGGUAGAGAGAGGAGCUCCAGACCCUUCCUAUCCAGCCAUGAGGAUCAUCAGCCUACUGUACCUGCUGCUGCUAGUAACUGUUCUAGGAUCUGUUUCUGCAGUGAGACCAGACAUCUUGAACAUACGGAGAAGGUACCACAGACACCACUGCCCCCACCGACGCUGCAUGCCCCUGCACUCCAGAGGACCAUUCCCCUGAGGUGUAACAGAGUGAACAUGGAGGUAAAAGAGAAGAGGAGAAUCUCUGUGACAUCCUCACCCCUCCUCUUCCCCCCACAGGACACCAUACACACCUGUGGGGACACACCUGUGGACAAGAGACACAGAGUGCGGAACCACGGCGCUGAAGGACUGAACACUGAGCGAGAGACAUAGCCUGUGCUGAGACUGGGAGUUUGGGUAGUGAGGAGAGAGAGGACUACUGCUGCUGCUGUUGAAUAGACAAAGAUCUGAACUGGAGUCACUAGACUACCUGCCUUCCUGCUCACAUCACUUCAUGUACAUACCACCGCCAUCUAUCUGGGUACUGAGACAGUUAUACUAUAUACCACAGUACCAAAACAUGUAUACUAUAUACCACCGCCAUCUAUCUGGGUACUGAGACAGUUAUACUAUAUACCACAGUACCAAAACAUUUAUACUAUAUACCACAGUACCAAGGCAUUUAUACUAUAUACCACAGUACCAAAACAUUUAUACUAUAUACCACAGUACCAAGACAUUAAUACUAUAUACCACAGUACCAAGACAUUUAUACUAUAUACCACAGUACCAAAACAUUUAUACUAUAUACCACAGUACCAAGGCAUUUAUACUAUAUACCACAGUACCAAGACAUUUAUACUAUAUACCACAGUACCAAAACAUUUAUACUAUAUACCACAGUACCAAAACAGUUAUACUAUAUACCACAGUACAAAGACAUUUAUACUAUAUACCACAGUACCAAGGCAUUUAUACUAUAUACCACAGUACCAAAACAUUUAUACUAUAUACCACAGUACCAAGACAUUUAUACUAUAUACCACAGUACCAAGACAUUAAUACUAUAUACCACAGUACCAAGGCAUUUAUACUAUAUACCACAGUACCAAAACAUUUAUACUAUAUACCACAGUACCAAAACAUUUAUACUAUAUACCACAGUACCAAAACAUUUAUACUAUAUACCACAGUACCAAGACAUUUAUACUAUAUACCACAGUACCAAGGCAUUUAUACUAUAUACCACAGUACCAAGGCAUUUAUACUAUAUACCACAGUACCAAGGCAUUUAUACUAUAUACCACAGUACCAAGACAUUUAUACUAUAUACCACAGUACCAAGACAUGUAUACUAUAUACCACAGUACAAAGACAUUUAUACUAUAUACCACAGUACCAAGGCAUUUAUACUAUAUACCACAUUACCAUCUGGGUACCAUAAAAACUACAGCUCAGACUAAUACAAUAUACAGAAUAAGUGUUUUUAUGGGAGAAAUGCACUUCAAAUGUACAGUAUGUUCCAGUUAAUGACCUUUUAAUAAUAA